AUGAAUGGUGAUGGAUGCGAGCUUGAGCUGCCGCCAACCCAACAUCUCGCAUCCGUCAAGUAUCGGGUCCUGCAAGAAUUGGAGCCAUCUUUGCCACCUAUCGAAGCUGGCACGAGGCGGCAGGUGAAGCUGCUUCACGCACACGAGGUCCUCAGCGAUGACCUGAUUGUCGCGCUCGUGCCCGAUGAGCUCACCGUGGUGUUUAGCACGAUUGACAUGCCAAUUCCUCGGGCGAGCGGCUCAAGCAGCUCCUACGAGCAUCCGGGCGAAUGGGACUGGGACCACGAUUCGGACAGUGGUGGGUAUUCUGUUUAUGACUCAGAUGGAUCCUGA